AUGAAUGAUACUCAAAAGCAACAGCAACCACGCUCAAAGAAGAUAGAACUCGUUAUUAUACCAGGAAGAAGCUUGGGGCCAUUUAGAUUAGGUUCUUCGUUAUGGGAUACGAUUCAUUUUCUAUCAGGUAAACCGCAGUUUUUUCCCUCAGUCGAACUCAAGUACAGUCAAGAGCAUCCAUUAGAUUUUGAUUUUAUUAUCGCAUUACCAGCAAAUGGGCUCAAUCUACGAUACGAUGGAUCGUUGCAGAGGUUGAAAUCUGUUGAAUGCUACGACCCAAGCAAGGUCAAGCUCGUUUAUCAGAGCAGCGAUGUGAGUUCAAGCAGAACAAUCCCGACAUUUCUACUGAUAUACAAAUCCUUUGGACCUACAUAUCCCGGUGAAUUUGACUCGAACCAAAGCAUCUACACACUCAAAUACCCUGGAUUAGCAUUCACGUUUCCGAUACCCAUCAAACACCAGAACUUGUACAAACUAUCGACGGAUCUACCUCUGGAAUUUCCUGAUGGCACAACACCCAUCGCAUCCAAAGUCAUUCUCUACAGCAACAGUAACACUUGGCAACAAGCAACUCUGCCUCCCUUGGCCAAAUUCAUUGCAGAGUCGAAUGCAAGUAAUUCAGCGAAAUACGGCAAAUUAGGCAAACGUGAGGUAGAGACGAUUAUCGCCAAGCCCACCCACGGCAUUACAUUACGAUUUCCAACACAUGGGAGUACAGCAGAUACCGAUAUAUCACUAGAUAAAUCAUCCACUAAUAUGACCAAUAACAGCAGCAGCAAUUCGGCUGGCAAUGCCAUCGCGAGCGCUGCCAAUGUCAACAUUGUCCAUCAGAAUGUCAGUAUACUUCUCAACACAACGACGGCACAAGAUAUUCUGGCUGAUCUGGGUAAACCAUCAAGGACAUUUUACAAAGAAGAGGAUAAAAUGAAGAUUCACUCGGUCACGGAUACGACACUAUUAUCGAAGUCAUCACACCCCAUUGAGUCUAAAUCCGGUGAUACAUCCACCACAGCAGCAGGCAGCGACGAUAAGGACAAAGAUCCUUCUCUAGUUCAGCCCACAGAUUACUUUUUCAACUAUUUCCACCUGGGUAUAGACAUCUUGAUCGAUGGAGGGUUGCAUGUAUGUAAGAAGAUUAUACUCCAUGGUAACGUGCCAGGUCAUUACGAUUUCCAAAGAUACAAGCGAUGUCCAUUUCAAAUCAUAUUUCCCAAGAAUACGAAUAAAAAGGCAGACACUGCGUCAUUAUUGGUGGAUGUGGAUGAUGAGAGUGAGACUACAGUUACUGCUGAUAUGAAGAUCACUGACAUUCAAGAGCGUAUCCCCUGGGAAACCAGCAAUGCCAUCAAAGACAAUACACCUCAGCAAAAGCCCGUUAUACUGACUCGAGGAUCAAGCGAACAAAACCCAUUUGGUUCCACUUAUCUUACUGGAUACGAUGAGGGAGUUGUCAUGGAAGUCAUGAAGAACGGCUAUGUGCCUACCGUUGUCUUGUUUUGA